AUGGCAGCAGCCGCGCCUCCGCCGGCUCUCCCGCCGACCGCCGCGAGCGAGGCAGACUGGUCCAAGCCCAUGGUGACCUCGCGCCGCCACGGCCCGCCGACCGUCAUCACCGCCUCGCUCAUGCGCAUGGCCACCAUGUCCAUGGCCCGCGCCUACGCCGUGCUCGGCCUGCGCGCCCACCACGGCCUCGACGUGGUGCCCACGCCCGAGGGUCUGGCCAUGUGGGCCGCCCUCGAGCGCGCCGCCGACGCCACGUACCCUUCCGCCAACAGGCGGGCCGCAAAGUUCACGGCGGAGGACUGGGACGCCGUGUUCGGCGGGUACGACGCCGUGACCGACAUCGCGGGCAUGUGGGCCGACCAGCUCGCCGACGCGUACCCGGACGCGCGGGUGGUCGUCCUGCAGCGCGACUUCGAGACCUGGUGGCCGACCUUCUACGAGGGGUGCGUCGUGCCGACGUGCGCCUCGCCGCGGGCCAAGCGCGCGCUGCUGGCGGCGCUGAGCGCCCUCACGGGCCUGCCGCUGCGCGCCUCGUUCCACGUCAUGAACACGAUGAUGCUGGGGCUGUUUGGGGCCCGGGACAUGGCGGGCGUGCGCGAGAACGCGCGGCGCGGGUACGAUGCCUACUACGAGCGGAUCCGGAGCAGGGUGCCGCCGGAGCGGAGGCUGGAGUACCGCAUCGGGGAGGGGUGGGGUCCGCUGUGCGAGUUCCUGGGCAGGGAGGUGCCCGACGUGCCCUUCCCUCGGGUCAAUGACCGGGAGGAGCACGAGGCGCGGAAGGCGGGGAACAACAUCAAGGUCUUGGGGAUGAUGUGGGAGUCAAUGCGGCGGCGGUUGCUGGGCGCGGGGGUGAUUCUUGCUGUGGUACUGGCGGUGUGGUGGGCGAGCAGGGCGCGAGGGUUGAACAGUCUUUGA